AUGAAUUUAAGUGAUUUUAGCACUUUGGUUGUGAUUAUUUUCUUGAUUUGUGGUGAUCAAUAUUCUUGUUACAUUAUAACAUGGGAUGAUAUGAAGGUGAAUUUAAAUAAAGAUGAAUUUAUACGAUCGCGUUCUUCUUCUUCUUCUUCUUCAUCUUCGUUACAAAGAGUUAUAGUUGUUGAUCAAAAUGGUAAAGGAGAUUCAAUUAGUGUUCAAGGUGCAGUUGAUAAAGUUCCUUCAAAUAAUUUACAAAGAGUUAUUAUUUACAUUCAUCCUGGAACUUACAGAGAAAAGGUGCAUAUACCAGCAUCAAAGCCAUUCAUAUCAUUAGUUGGUGAUCAAAACCAAACAGCUAGAACCAUUAUUUCUGGUCAUGACAAAGCCUCUGACACUGAUCAAUAUGGUUCUAUUUUAGGCACUUCUAGAACUGCCACACUCACUGUUGAAUCUGAUUACUUUUGUGCUACUGGCAUCACUAUCGAGAACACAAUAAUUCCAGAUCCUAAAGGUGUUGGAAUGCAAGGAGUGGCAUUGAGAUUAACUGGUGAUAGAUCAGUUUUGUAUAGAGUAAGAAUAUUGGGAUCACAAGAUACACUUUUAGAUGAUGCUGGAUCACAUUAUUUUUACCAAUGUUAUAUUCAAGGAUCUGUUGAUUUCAUUUGCGGAAAUGCUAAGUCACUUUAUAAGAAUUGUACUCUACAUUCAAUAGCCAAAGGGUAUGGAGCAAUUGCAGCACAACACAGAGACUCAGAAAAUCAAGAUACUGGUUUUUCUUUUGUUAACUGUAAAAUCAAGGGAAGUGGUAGAGUCUUUUUGGGCAGAGCAUGGGGAGAAUAUUCAAGAAUUAUAUAUUCCAAAUGUGAUUUUGAUCCUAUUAUUGAUCCAAAAGGUUGGACUGACUGGAAUCAACCAUCAAGGCGCCAGCAUACAGUGUUUGGAGAAUACCAGUGCAGGGGCAGUGGAGCAAAUAGAGCAGGUAGAGUGACAUGGUCCAAGACACUCAAUGAAUCUGAAGCAGAACCUUUCUUGGAUGUAAAGUUCAUAGGUGGACAACAAUGGCUCAGACUCUGAACUCUCACACUUCAAUUUUCUGUGUGCUAUUAUGCAAAUUCAUUCAAAAACAGAAC